GCAAAGUUAGUCAGCAAGUUGCAUAGCUUCUGCAUUCUAAUUCUUCAAGCCUCUUUUGUAUGAAGUUUGACACAAUGUUUUACACUGUGUUUGACCUGAAUGGGAUGCUGGAGAAAACAAUGAAAGGAGCGGACAAAGCGAUUGUGGCAAAGUCCUUUGGAAAAUGGAAAAGCAGCUCUCUAAGGUCCAGGACCAUGGAGAAGCCGGAUGAGCCGUCCGAGGAGAGUAAGGAGGAGAGCCUUUCCAACUGCACCUGUGAAGCCCCACAACAAGAGAAUGAAUUACAUGAUCACUUCCUGAGAGCUGAGAAUUGUGAACGCAUCAACCAAGGUGGACAGUGUGAAUCUGGCAGCUUAUCCUACAGACUGCACAGAAAACUACAAUCAAAGAUGGAUUCUGAGGGUGAGGAGCAAACUCUGCAAACAUGUAACAGUAGCACAGUGCCGGCUGACUGCAUCGCUGACACUCCAAGCCCAUAUGGGUCCAUGGCUAGGAAGAGGAGUGCCCAGGAAGGGGCGGGUGCCCCCGUCAACAAGAGAAAGUCCCUGCUGAUGAAGCCCCGCCACUACAGCCCCACGACAUGUGAAGAGGAGAGCGAGGACCUGGCACCGCCACAGGACAAAGAAGAGCUGAGGAACAUUGACACUCCAGCAGAUGGGAACUUGAAUGCAGUCAAUGGAGUGGCCAGCAGGAAUGGUUGCCACGAUGCGGCUGCAAAGUCCCACGAUUCCCUCGGAUGGUCUGAAGUUGCAUCAGAUGUCUCUCCACGGUGCGAGGCGGAGACGUCUGAACCUCUGAUGGACGGGGAUGAAGAGGAAGAGCUCAUGAAUGAAGAGGAAGACCAAAGUCAAGACAGGAUGAGUGUUGCAUGUACUUCGCCGCCACAAAGCCCAUACGGAGACAUGCGGGAGGAGUGGGAGCCUCUGUCUCUUUCUGCCAAGGUGAACGGCUCCAAUAGCAGCCCCUCUCGAGCCUCGGAAGACCUAUCGGGCAGGAACGGCCACCUGAGAGAAGACCAUGACUCAGAACUAGUCGGUCCGAUGGGUCGAACAAGCAUUUUCCAAGCUGAGGUGCUGAGGUGUAGGCCACUCCUGACAGAGGAGGACAGCGAGGGGGAAGUGGAGGCAGACAGGCCGUCCCGGCUGGAGGGCUGGGCUCUGGGCCUACAGGAGCGGGGCCUUGAUUUGGGCCGGGGACGAGUGAACCUGAGUCUUUUGGAACAGGCUAUCGCCCUGCAGUCGGAGCAGAGGCAGGUUCUGCACCACGCCUACAGGGAGAUGGACCGGUUCCUCAUGGAGCAGAUGACCAACGAGAGAAGACACCACCGAAUGAUGGACAUGGACGGCAGACUGAACUAUCAUGGAGGAAAAGAUUCCCCUCGGACAGAUAAGAAAGAUAUAAGGUGCCCGACUCCCGGCUGUGAUGGCACUGGACAUGUGACCGGCCUGUAUCCACACCACAGGAGUUUGUCUGGGUGUCCACACAAAGUCAGAGUCCCCCCCUCAGUCCUGGCCAUGCAUGAGAAUGUCCUCAAGUGCCCUACACCUGGGUGCACAGGAAGAGGCCAUGUCAACAGCAACCGUAGCACCCACCGGAGUCUCUCAGGCUGCCCCAUUGCUGCUGCAGUCAAAGUCUCCAAACCUCAGGAUGAGAGUUCAAAAUGCAGACAAACACCUGACCGCUCACCGAGAGCCAUCGGCUUGAUAAAAAAAUUUGAGAUGAACCAGUUAAACUACAGGCUAUCCCAUCCAGUAGCGGCCUUGCAGACGAACCUUUCCAAGGAUAUGGACAAGUACAGCAAAAUCCGCUUCGAUUACGCUAGUUUUGAUGCGCAGGUCUUCGGCAAACAGUCUCUGAUGGGAUCCAACCAGGACCAGGAUAUCUCUUCUCAUUUCCCUGACUCUCCUCAGCAGUAUCCUGGCUUCCUUGGUACUCCAGGUGGCCGCCUGCCCACCUCUGGUCAGCACAGCCCACCAAGUCAAUUCAAAAAAGGAGACGGUCUCCAAGCCACAGCAGCGACUGCCGCCAUCCUUAAUCUGUCCACCCGUUACCGGAAGAGCAUGGAGGCUGUCACUGGCCGGCCCUUGGCAACCUCCACAAAGGACAUGCUCAUAGAGGUGGACGAAAACGGCACCCUGGACCUGAGUAUGAAGAAAUGCAAGGAAAAUGCGAAAGCCCAGAUGACUAAGGUGCCUUCGGAAGACCCGCAGUCUCCUCCUGAGUCCGCUGUGGUGAGGCGGGGGCGUGCUCUCAACCCGGCCUUUUACCAGCCACUGUGUGACAGAGACAGCUGGGACACUCCCAUCCCUAUCAACUCAAUGUAUUCCCUUGUUUCCCAGCAGGAGGAUUUUGACGAGGUCUCCCUGGAGGACCAACACUAUCAAGGAGACGCCAGCAUGAUAAGCCCCAAAACCAAGCUGCUAUUACGAGAUUCAAAGAAAGAGCUAAUGAGCUGUCCAACCCCGGGCUGUGAUGGCAGUGGCCAUGUGACGGGAAAUUAUGCAUCACAUCGAAGUGUGUCUGGAUGUCCCCUAGCUGACAAGACACUCAAAUCACUGAUGGCAGCCAACUCUCAGGAACUAAAGUGCCCAACACCUGGUUGUGAUGGAUCUGGACAUGUGACUGGGAACUACGCUUCACACAGAAGUUUGUCAGGAUGUCCACGUGCCAGAAAAGGAGGUUUGAAGCUUACGCCAAACAAGGACGAAAAAGACGAGCAAGAAAUGAAGUGUCCAGUUAUUGGAUGUGACGGACAGGGCCAUAUAUCGGGAAAAUACACAUCCCACCGCAGCGCAGGCAGUUGCCCACUUGCUGCCAAGAGACAGAAGGAGUCGUCCGUCAAUGGGCUGCCCUUUGCCUGGAAGGCCAAUAAACAGGAGCUGCCCCACUGUCCCUUGCCUGGCUGCAAUGGCCUCGGACAUGCCAAUAAUGUGUUUGUCACUCACAGAAGCUUGUCUGGUUGCCCACUGAACGCACAGAGUAUAAAGAAAAAGCACUCAGGAGAGGAGAUGAUGACUAUCAAAUUGAAAGCCAGCAGUGGUGUCGAAAACAAAGAGGACGUUCAACAUUUGGAUCACGAAAUAAAGGAACUGAACGAAUCCAACCUGAAAAUUGAGGCGGACAUGAUGCAACUCCAAACACAGCAGAUUUCGUCUAUGGAAUGUAACCUGAAGACAAUUGAAGAGGAAAACAAGAUGAUUGAACAGCACAAUGACAGCCUUCUGAAGGAGCUGGCGCGCCUCAGCCAAGCUCUCAUUAACAGUCUAACAGACAUUCAGCUGCCUCAAAUGGGACCCAUCAGUGAGCAUAAUUUCGAGGCCUAUGUGAACACAUUAACUGAUAUGUACAACAACUCGGAGCAUGAAUACUCUCCAGAGUGCAAGGCCCUCUUGGAUAAUAUCAAACAGGCUAUUAAGGGCAUCCAUGUUUAAGCUGUAGAGCUACCAAGAGGUUUCUUUGACUUGGGAUAAUGGCACUAGAUAGCUCUAUUUUACUGAAGAGUGCUGGCUUGGCUGCGUGUAUAAGACAAGGCUUUUGGAAAUGUGUUCAUCAUUUCCCCGUAAAUACACUGCACUGAGAAAAUUACCAGCCGGAUUUGUAAUGCUUUUACCGUUUCUGCAUUCACUUGAUAUGUUUAUCCUGGUGAGAUUUUUACCCCCCUUGCACUUAAUUAUUUUGUAUGGUUUGCUUGAUUUGAAUCUGUAUGUGUUCAUGUCAUUCUUAUAUUAUUCGCUAUUUAUUAUAUUUGUUCAUCAGUGUAUUUAUUUCCUCGAUUUUUAUUUAUUUCUCUGAUUGUAAAUGCGUACUAUUGAUGAAUCUGUUGACUUUCUGCACAUUGUAAAUUACAUAGAAGCACAUUCCAAUUUCAUGGCAUACUUCCGCCAUCUAGUGUUGAAAAAUUUAUAUCAGACCACCGAGUAGGAUCUCCCUUUCAAAGUGAAAAGCUACCAAAACUACCGAGUAUCGAUAUUUUUUAAGCAUUGCUUUCGCUUUCUAUUCUUUAUUGGAAACUGAAUGUAUGGUAAAGACAAAGUGAACAUUGAGAUCCAAAAAAAAAAAAAAAAAACAAAACAAAACAAAAAAAAAUGCAAUGCACCUGUACUGUACAUUUUUUUUUCUUAACCAAUUCUGUUAAAGGCUGAAUGCAACCAGGAAGUGGCGGCAGAGUCACUGAGCAACCUGCAACACCAGUCAUUGAUCCUUUCUUUCAAUGACCUGAAUGUCAGAUCCUGCUUUGCAUAACGUGUCACUAUAAAAGUGCAACUGACCACACUAAGAAAAUUAAAAUCCACUUUGUCAAGAUGUCUUUCUUUUUCUUGAAAUAUAUAGAUAUUAAACUGCCUUCUGUGCACACACCUGAGAGUGUGCAUAUAGUAUGUGCCUAAAUGUAUAUGAAUCCAUAAAAAUAUACGAGUACUAUGUUUUGUGGUAGGACAGUAUUAUGUGGAUGGUGUCUAAUUUAUUAUACAGUACAAUUAUUUUCAUAGGAGGAAACGUUCCUGAUGACUGUUUAAAUUCCAUUGUCUCAGUAGCUGUAAUCUAAAAGUCAGGUUUUGAAAUGCCACAAUUGAGACCGAAAAGUCUGGUGUUUAUUUUGACUUUUGUUAGCAUGGAGAAAAAAAAUAAUAAUAAUAAAAAAACAAGCAAGGAGUGAAUUUCAAGAAAAGUAACGCCACCUUACAAACAUCGAUUCAUAUAUCUUUCAUCACUGAUGUUUUACUCCUGUUAACUGCUUACAAGCCUUUACAUUUCAGCAAGUCUUACACUCUGAACAUCCUAGUAAUUCUUGGGGUAGAUUUGAACAGUAGCUAUUUCAAAACCGAGCUGAUUACCACUACAACUUGGAAAUCAGUAACAAUCAUUUAAUGCAAGGAAAAAAAAAUUUAAAAAAAGAAGAAAAGAAAAAAACAUAGACAAGUGAUAUUUGUUGGCUGAUCAGUUGUUUGUUUGCAUCAAUUGCACUUUUGUAUUACAAUUAUUUUGUAUUUUAGUUCACCAUAUUGCCCUUGACUUCAACAAAAAAAGAGAAGGAAAUGGGACAUUGUAGUCAUAUCACUGUACUUUACAUGUCUCAAUUUCACGAGGUAAACUCCAAGAGGAAAAAAAAA